ACUUUCACUCAAAAGUUCAAAAUCCGAGCCUCAUCCAUCCACAAGGUUAAAAAAGCAACUUCCCACCACAAUUUCUCCUUAAUGGCGAUUUUUGCAACACUCCCAGGACUCAAUCUCUUCUCUUCACCUCCAUCAAACCCUAGACUCCCAUCUCCAUCUGAUCCUACACCCAAACCCUCUCCUCCAAUCCCAACUCCAAGAUACCCCAAACCCCUAAAAUCACAAAAAUCAAUCAUAAAACAACCUCCAAAUGAAUCAACCACCACUACCAGUCCAGCUUUCAAAUCCUUCCACCGCCGUACAAAAUACUACAAACCCGUCUCCGACGGAGUAAUUUCAUCAGAAGGUGAUCGUUCUGUGAUUAUUGGAGAAUCUGGGGUAUCAUAUUUGUUGCCUGGAGCUCCAUUUGAGUUUCAAUUUAGUUACUCUGAGACACCUAAAGUGAAACCACUGGCUAUUCGUGAACCGGCAUUUUUGCCAUUUGCGCCACCCACAAUGCCCAGGCCGUGGACUGGGAAAGCUCCGUUGAAGAAAUCGAAGAAGAAUAUACCAUUGUUCGAUUCGUUUAAUCCGCCACCAGUGGGAAUGAAGGGUGUUAAGCAGGUUGAAAUGCCGGGGCCGUUUCCACUUGGGAGGUUUCCGAAGGAGGGGAUGACGAGAGAGGAGAUUCUGGGGGAGAGAUUGACGAAAGAGGAGGUUAGGAUGUUGGUUAAGCCUCAUUUGUCUCACAAUCGGCAAGUUAAUCUCGGGAGGGAUGGAUUGACACAUAAUAUGUUGGAGUUAAUCCAUGAGCACUGGAAGAGGCAAAGGAUUUGUAAGGUUCGGUGUAGAGGUGUGCCGACUGUUGAUAUGGACAAUGUCUGCUAUCAUCUCGAGGAAAAGACGGGUGGAAAGAUAAUUCAUCGGGUUGGUGGUGUUCUGUAUCUUUUCCGUGGAAGAAAUUAUAACUAUCGUACUCGUCCACAAUACCCUGUAAUGUUAUGGAAACCAGCCACUCCUGUUUAUCCGAAACUCAUCCAGGAAGCUCCAGAAGGUUUGACCAAAUUUGAGGCCGCUGACAUGAUAAAGAAAGGGAAGAAUCUGCUACCAAUUUGUAAACUAGCCAAAAAUGGAAUUUACAUGAACCUUGUAAAGGAUGUCAGGGAUGCUUUUGAGGAAAGCCCAUUGGUGAAGAUUGACUGCCGAGGAAUGCAUGCAAGUGAUUAUAAGAAGAUAGGUGCAAAGCUUAAGGAGUUGGUACCUUGUGUUCUCUUGUCUUUCGAUGACGAGCAAAUAUUGACAUGGAGGGGCGAAGAAUGGAAAUCUAUGUAUCCUGAAGCUCCACCUACAGUCCCUGUCAGUAAUCACUCCAAUGAUAGUGCUUCCUUAAAUUCAGGAGAGUUGCAUAGCGCAAACGAAAGACUAGUCCCUGAGUUGGAAAUCUCUAGCCCAAAAUUUCUGUCAAGAUGGAAGAGGGCAAUAGAGUCAAGCAAGGCAUUAUUACUGGAUGAAAUUGAACUUGGGCCAGAUGAGCUUUUAGAGAAGGUUGAGGCAUUUGCAGUCACAUUACAGGCUGCAGAGCACUCUUAUCCUGCAUUAAUAGUGUCAAGCGGGGAAAGUGCUGGUAUAGUAAACACAGAUGAUGAAGAUGGACCCACUCUGAGCGAUGAUGAAGAUGACGACAGUGAAUUUGGUUAUGGGGAUCAAGAUUACUCCUUUGAAGAAUUAGAGUCAUCAAUCCCUAAAGGAUCAUUGCCAGUGGACGUGAUUGUGGAGCAACUAACUUUAGAAUAACUGCGAGAAUACUGUAUAUGAUGUUAGUAUCAGUAUAUAAAAAGAAAUCUGUAAAGAAUGUUCACGUUUUUCAGUGAAAGAAAGCUUCAUUAACUAGCACCA